CCUUCCAACUCCGGCGCAGACUGCGCGGCUCAGGCAGACAUCCUUUCUCCUCUUCUCUACUGAACAGCUGGCAAAGGGAGUGAUUGUGUCUUGACUGGGAAAGCAAGAGUGAGCAGACUCCACUUACUCGUGAAAACAAAGGAGCAUUUGCCCUGGAAGAAUUCUCCACUCUCUGGCAACUGGAUGGGAAGACGGAGAAUCUUUGACCUUGGAAAAUGAAGAUGUUGUUGCCAUGGGAACUGUUAAUCCUUCUGUCACUCAAAGAUUGCCUUGCUGAAAAUGCCCGCCACGGCCCCGUCUUCACACAGGAGCCCAGUGACAGCAUUUUCCCAAUGAGCACUGGUGAUAAGCUGGUGUUUAUUAAUUGCAAAGCAAAGGGGAAUCCACCCCCACAUUAUAGGUGGAAAGUGGACGGGCGGGAUAUAAACACAGAUUCAGAUCUAAACUACAGCCUUGUAGAAGGGAACCUUUUGAUCAAUAACCCUCAUUUCAUCAAUCAUGGAGGCGUGUAUCAGUGCAUUGCCACCAACGCUUUUGGGACCGUCGUCAGCAGGGAGGCAAAAGUCCAGUUUGCAUUUCUGCAGAACUUCAGCAGGAAGCCAAGAAACAAAGUGUCGGUGAGAGAAGGCCAAGCCGUGGUCCUGCUCUGUGGCCCCCCUCCCCAUCACGGAGAGAUCAAAUAUUCAUGGGUUUUCAACGGGCAGCGUGGCUUCCUGCAACAGGACGCCCGCCGCUUCAUCUCUCAGAAGACAGGCAACUUGUAUAUAGCCAAAGUGGAACCAUCGGAUGCAGGGAAUUAUACGUGUGCAGUGAGAAACAUGAUGACCAACGCCACGGUGUUCAGCUCUCCAACCCCUGUGGUGGUGCGGAGGGACGUGGUGAUGGGUGAAUAUGAGCCAAAGAUCGAGGUCCAGUUCCCGGACACUCUUCAUGUCUCCAAAGGAUCAUCAGUAAAACUGGAAUGCUUUGCUUUAGGAAAUCCCGUGCCUUCCAUCUCAUGGAGAAGAACUGAUGGAAAUCCUCUCCCUGGCAAAAUUAAAAUCAACCCUUCCAAUGGGGCCCUGGAAAUUCCUUAUUUUCGCCCAGAGGAUGCGGGCGUGUACGAAUGCGUUGCUGAAAACAGCCGUGGACGAAACGCUGCCAGAGGACAGCUCAUAUUCCAAAAUGUGGAACAUCUACACUGGGCUCAGACACUGAAAGAUGCUCAUAUGGCAAUUGAUGCUAACCUGCAAUGGGAAUGUAAAGCCAUUGGUAAGCCCAGGUCUACGUAUAGAUGGUUGAAGAAUGGUCAGCUACUAACAGCAACGGGAAGGGUCCAUGUUGAAAAUGGCAGACUGACCAUAUCCAAGAUUAGUUUGUCAGACUCAGGGAUGUAUCAGUGUGUAGCAGAGAAUGAACAUGGAUCCAUUUAUGCCAGUGCUGAGCUCAAAGUUGUAGCCUCGCCACCUGACUUUAACCAACGACCUGUGAAAAAGUCCACCGUGAUCCAGAGAGGGGGGGAGGUGGUGUUAGAGUGUCGCCCCAAUGCUUCACCCAGGGCCACAAUUUCCUGGUGGAGAGCGGGAGAGCCCCUGAGGGACAGCGAGAGACAGACGAUCCUGGAGGACGGGACUCUGCGCAUCACCAAUAUCUCCAAAUCUGAUGAAGGCAGGUACAUAUGUGUGGCCAGAAACCAUUUUGGAGCAUCCAGCAGCACAGGGGCAGUGGUGGUGAAAGAGUCCACAAAGAUCAUUGUUCCACCUCUGAGUUCAGAUGCCACAGUGGGGCAGAGUCUCGUGUUGCCCUGUGAAGUGUCCAGUGAUUCAUCCCUGAGCCCCAUUUUCAAGUGGUUUUUCAACGGUAAAGCCAUUGAUUUCAGUCGGCAGGAGCACUUUGAGAUGAUCGGAGGGGGAUUUGCAGGUGAUUUGAUGUUGAGGAACAUCCAGCUAAAGCAUUCUGGAAAGUAUGUGUGUAUGGUACACACUGAAGUUGACACAGUUUCAGCAGCAGCAGACUUAAUUGUCAGAGGACCCCCUGGGGCCCCGGAGGGCCCGCUGGUGACUGACAUUACUGAUACCACUGUUCAGCUGUCCUGGGGCUCUGGAUCUGACAACCACAGUCCCAUCACUAUGUACAUGGUGCAGGCCAGAACCCCCUUCUCUAUUGGCUGGCAGACUGUGAGGACAGUUCCUGAUUCUGUGCCUGGACAGAUGAUGCAAGCAACAGUGAGAGAUUUGACCCCCUGGGUGGAUUAUGAAUUCAGGGUGGUGGCAAUCAACAGUGUUGGUGUUGGAGAACCCAGCAUGCCGUCUGAGCAGAUUCGAACCAAAGCUGCAGCUCCCAAGGUUGCACCCGUUAAUGUGAGCGGUGGUGGGGGAAUUCGAGGAGAACUUGUUAUUAUGUGGGAGACAGUUCCAGAGGAACAGCAGAGUGGAGAGGACUUUGGCUAUGUCGUGGCUUUCCGCCCACUUGGCAGCAGCACCUGGAUCCAAACAGUACUGACUUCACCUGACGCAUCCAGAUAUGUGUACAGAAAUGACAGCAUUGCACCCCUGAGCCAGUUUGAAGUGACUGUGGGCGUGUUCAACAGAAUGGGAGAGGGGCCCUUCAGCCGUGUUGUCAAAGUGCUUUCUGCAGAGGAAGAACCCUCUGAAGCACCAUCCAGAGUCUGGGCUCGGGUUGUGUCAGCCUCUGAGAUCGAGGUGUACUGGGAUCCAAUUCCUCUGGGUUCCAGCAGCGAGAUCAUUGCAUAUGAGGUUUUCUUUUGGGAGGAGGGCUCUCAGCGGAGUGAAGCAGACAAAAUGAAGGUUAUCAACAGCUCAGCUCUGCUCUCUGGAUUGAAAGCCAGCACAGUCUAUCUGAUUUCAGUCAGAGCCCAGAACAGCGCUGGAGCUGGACCUCUCAGCCCUGCUUUAAAUAUCACCACCAAGAAACCACCACCGAGUCAUCCUCCUGGCAGCAUUGAGUGGAACCUGACCAACUCCAGAAUCUUUCUAAAUUGGGAACAUGUCAAAGCAAUGGAGAAUGAGUCUGAGGUGACAGGAUACAAGGUUGCGUAUCGUCAGAACUGGUAUGGUAGGACUUCAGUCUUGGAAACCAAUAAGACCAGCGUGGAACUGCAAAUCCAUUCUGGAGAGGACUAUGUAAUUGAGAUCAAAGCUUUGACGGAAGGAGGUGAUGGCACCAGCAGUGGUCCCAUUCGCAUACCAAAGAUGUCCAGUCUUAACUCAGAAGGAUGUGUGGGUCCGGCUCCAGUAAAUAUUUGCUCUUUUAUGUUUUUUAUGUUUUCUUUGCUCAUUUUAUAGCUUAUGCUGAUGCCUUUACAUUCAACCCUGGACACUGGGAUGUACAGUCUAUGUGUCAAAUUUCUGGAAUGAGCAGCAGCAACUAGAAUGUUUCUCAGCUGUUUGUUUAUCAAA